AUGGCCCGGGGCGUCCACGCGGGGGCGGUCUCCGUGGUGGCCGUGCCUGGGGACGCGGUAGGCCGAGAACUCCCCCGGGAGAGGUGGUGUGGGUGGAGCGGGCUCGGCGGCCACCCGACACGGGGCCAGUCUGGGUGCCCCGCAGGCCCCCGAGGGCUCAGAGUUGGGGCGGCGCCUCGGGCGGAGGCACAGGACCAGCCUGGGGGGUACCCCCGGAGGACAGGGGCUCCCCGGAGCCACCCAGCGGCGAUGUGUGGGUGCCUCGGGGCCGACCCCCUGCGGCAGCCGCAGAGAAACAUGAGGCUGAGCUGGGUCCUGACAGUAUUGUCCAUCUGCCUGAGCGCCCUGGUCACGGCCGCCGGGGCCGAGGGCAAACGGAAGCUGCAGAUCGGAGUCAAGAAACGGGUAGACCACUGUCCCAUCAAAUCACGCAAAGGGGACGUCCUGCACAUGCACUACACGGGUAAGCUGGAAGAUGGAACAGAGUUUGACAGCAGCCUGCCCCAGAACCAGCCCUUUGUCUUCUCCCUGGGCACGGGCCAGGUCAUCAAGGGCUGGGACCAGGGGCUGCUAGGGAUGUGUGAGGGGGAAAAGCGGAAGCUGGUGAUCCCAUCAGAGCUAGGGUACGGAGAGCGGGGAGCUCCCCCAAAGAUUCCAGGCGGUGCAACCUUGGUGUUCGAGGUGGAGCUGCUCAAAAUCGAGCGACGUUCAGAACUGUAGCCAAACUGGGGAGGGCUGGGGGAGAGGCCCCCAUCUGGGACCAGACUGUUUAAAGAAAGAAAAAAAACUUUAAAGCCCA